AUGAACAAGUUCUCGCGGUUACCGAGGCGAAAUGAUGUUGUAAAAUCCUCCAAGCCUAUAUAUAUCACUCUUCCUUCCCAUUCCUCCCACAAUCCUCAUUUCUGCAAAAUCUCCAAAAGCUUUUUUUUAAAUCUCUCUACGCCGCCGAGUUGCCCCAAAUCUCGAUCUAGUCGAAAUAAUCCGAUAGGAAGAUACUCAACCGAGGUUUGGUUGAGGGUCAAAGGACGCCGAACCGAGGUGAAGGGAGCAAUUUGUCAAGGCAGUGGAGGUCUAGAUUUUAUCGGCGACACUAAGGUCAGGCGGAGCCGAGGCGAGUGUGAAACCGAGGUGGAGGAGUUAUCAGUAGAGGAAAGGAAAGAGGCGGAGCGCCGCCGAGGCGAAGAGGCUUUUUCUAUGGAGGAUCCGAGUCGACGUCGUUCUGGUUUCGGCGACAAGGUCAAAUUUAGAACCGAGGUGAAGAGGAAUUGUGGAAGCGAUGAGGUCAGUGAAGCUUUCGACGUUGGUUUCGGUCGUGGUGCUGAGGCGAGCUUCGCAACACUUGGUGGACUGUCGUCGAGGUUGAAGAGACGGGACGGCGAUUAG